AAUAGAGCCGACACAAUGGCUGACAGGGGAACAAUCGGCUUACAGAUGGGCUCCAAUCGCUUUGCCUCUCAAAGUGGAAUGACUGCAUACGGCGCCCCGCGACGACCGGCGGAUAUGCGCAUGCCUGACCUUCUUGCUGAAUAUGGUUAUGCUUGUGGCGGCCAGGAGGGAAACCGAAAGGAAAUCAAUCCUGUGGAAAACCAAGAAUGUCAGGGUGUGAUCAGCAUCCAAAGCGGCACCAACCAAUACGCUUCUCAAAAGGGCAUGCGAGCAAUUGGGGCUGUGAGGCACAUUUCAGACAUCCGAGCUGACCAGUACGAUAAGGAAAGUGCCGGAAAUCUGUCACUUCAAACAGGCACCAACCAAUUUGCUUCGCAGAAAGGCAUGACGGCCAUGGGCUCCGUUCGUCACGUCUCUGACAUCAGGGCCGACGAAAUGGACCAACAAGGGCUUACCUACAUCAGACCGCAGUCGUCCGGCUCCAACCAGUAUGACUCUCAGAAAGGGAUGCGUCCAACUGGUGCUGUCCGCCACGGUAACGAUGUCGGGGCAGCGGAAUACGACCCUCAGACAGCCACUGUCAUAUCACCCCAGUCUGGCUCUAACGAGCACGCCAGCCAGAAAGGAAUGACCUCCUUUGGCGCACAGCGUCAUGGAAAAGAUGUUGGUUCUUCUGAGUAUGAAGGCAAGGACUGCUUCUCCGCCCAGAUGGGUACCAACCAAUAUGCCUCCCAAAGAGGCAUGACGUCAUUUGGCGCCAUCCGUCACGUGUCUGAUAUUGGAACAUCCGAAGCCGAGAGCAAGGACACCAUUGGUCUUCAGUACGGUACAAACAAGAAUGCCUCCCAGAAAGGGAUGACUGCCUUUGGUGCUAUCCGCCACGUCUCCGAUCUGAAAAGCGGUGCUGAGCUUGAUCCAGAGGGACAGACUCUCAUUGGUUACCAGUAUGGCACGAACAAGGUCAUGUCUCAGAAGGGAAUGACUGCCUUCGGUGCUGCUCGACAUGUCACCAACAUCCCAUGUGAAGAGGCUUCCCCUGAGGUCCAGGCGGUCCUGAGUUUGCAGUGUGGCACCAACGAAUAUGACAGUCAGAAAGGGAUGAGAGCCAUGGGCGCUGUCCGCCACGUGUCCGACAUAAAGGCUGAUCAAUACGAUGCUGAGAGCAACACAUACAUUGGUCUUCAGGCAGGGUCUAACAAGUUCGAUUCUCAGAAGGGAAUGACCGGUUUUGGCUCUCCACGUCCAGUCUUUGACAAGCACGUGCCCGAUGUUUCACAAGAAGGUAUGGCAGAACUGAACAUCCAAACUGGCACCAAUAAGUACGAAUCCCAAAAGGGCAUGACGCCCGUCGGAGCUGUCCGCCACCCAGCUGAUAUCAAAGUAUCAGAGUGCACCCCAGAAGUCCUGGCAGUGAUGACCCUUCAGUGUGGUACCAACCAGUACGCAUCACAGAAAGACAUGACACCCAUGGGCGCCGUUCGACCAGUGAAGGAUGUAAAGAUCGAGGAGGGCACCCCAGAGGGAAGCGCCGCCCUGUCUUUGCAAUGUGGAACCAACCAGUACGCUUCUCAAAAGGGGAUGACAGCCGUCGGUGCCUGUCGUCCCAUCAUGAAGGCCGGCAUGCCUGUACAGGAUCAGAGCAGUCAAGGUGUCACCAGCUUACAGUACGAAGAGAAAACGGAUGAGGAAAACAAGGGCAUAGUCUUCGGCCGUUAUAGGCACAUUUAAAUCUAGAUGGACGGAGAGACAGCAUAUAUGCAAAUACUGUAACAAUGACAACACCGUCUAAUGCCCUUUUGUACUGAGUCAAUGAACUACGCCAACUCUGAGAUGAAAUUGAAAUUACUUAAAUUGCUACAAAGCACAUCCGCGGUGUUCAUAAAACAAUUGCUUUCGUCGAACCAAAGGGCAUUACUGACAAUCAAAUUUGCGUGUUGUUGAAAUGAAAGCGCCUUUAACACGAAUGCGUUGCAUAAGGCAGCGGAAACCCAAAGCUUAUCCUGAUCUUGGGCUACAUGGCACGUGACUAAUUUUUUUACAGUAAAAGGAAUUUUGCAUCAAAAUUAUAACUUUAACUUCCGUGUUGGAUACAUGUCCGAUUUGUGGCACAUAGUUAGAUACUAUAAUAACGAUUUCUAUCCUUUCUUUAAUCCCUUGAAUAGAAGACACAUAUGUAUAACAUAUCUACGAUAACGCGCUAAAAUCGAUUUUUUUCCAAGCAUUGUUCUGUUUAGUGGGUUUUGAGAGUGGUUGGGACUCGAGGUUUAUGAAGCAAGUCUGUCCAUAUAUACGCCUGUAUAUACUCCUGGAAGUAACCUUUGCUUGUUCGUGAUUACGAAUGGUUUUUUGCCAUUAUCAAUAAACUGUUCACUGAAAUGAUGAAUUUAGUCAAAAUACUUCAAAUAUGUAGGUAUAAACUGCAAAGGUAACAUAUGAGUGUAACUAACUCAAUUCCUGAGUAGUAGCCAGUUAAAGGGCACUAAAAUCAAAUGACACAGCCCACUUGUCGGUUUUGAUGAAAUCGAACAAUUUCUACAGGAGAGAAUAAAGGCAAUGUAUCCUCACUCA